CACGCAGCUCUCUGUUGCUACUCUGCCGCAGCACGCAACGACAAGUCUAACCAAGUCUACCUUACCUACACAGUACGGUGCAAAGGCCCUCUCGAUAUGGCAGUGCCUCCAGCGUGCCGCGAGCCCGUACCUAGUACGCAACCUUUCGACAUGUCUCCACUCGGAUCGCCCAACGACGCGGCCUUUCUCUACUACUACUCGGAGGAAGGCUGAGGGCUUGUCUCCUGCCUUUGCUCACAUACUACUACCCAUCAACCGAAGUCUCCCCUUCGCGCGUGCUGCAGCCGCGCUUGUACGUACUACGUACUGCCCUGCCAGAUCUGGCUUGACGUUCCCUCUGUUCCCUCUUUGACUGCUACCUCUGCUCUCGCGGAUAUUCAAACCGGGCUGUGUAUUACUAACUUGGUAUCUGACUUCCAAAUUUGAGAUUGCCGCCCACAAUGGCUAGCCUCAAGUUCAUAAUGGAUGUCAACGACGACCACACCGAGUCUCACCACAUCAAUAAAAAGGACGUCGCCUCGGACCAUCCAGUCAACAUGGGCCAUCCCCAUAGACCACCUCUCCAUACCCAACUACCAUCACUACCACCGACAACGUUACCACCUAUUACGCUCCCGAGAUAUGACAGUAACCCCGGACCAUCUAUCCAACCUCGAGAUAUCAGCCUAGCUGUUGCCUCUUCUCAGACCAAGAGCCCGGACAUUAGCUGGGGAUCCAAAGGCGUCAACCCUGUUGUAUCUUCGAUUCCACUAGCUGUUCAUAUCAGGUCCACGAUGCGCCGUCGUAGCACAGCGAGCAAUGACUCGGCGGAUCAUACUACGGGGUUUGGAUCUGCGUCAACAUCAUCAACGGGCGGCAACUACCCCCAGUCGCACACGCCAUUGAGGCCAAUGCGUUCACAGUCCCACACUUCCGAGCUUCCCAUGAGGCUCACGCCCAUCACGGGCCGAGUGAGCAGAGCAAAGAAAGGCAUACCGGUGCAUGUUUGCGACAUCUGCAGGCCAUCAAAGACCUUUACGAGGGCAGAGCAUCUGAGACGUCAUCAACUUGGUCAUGGGCCCCCAGAGUACUCUUGCCCAUAUCCCAAUUGUGACAAGGCGUUCCAUCGGUCGGACCUGCUGGUUCGGCAUCAGCAGAGACAUGAGCAAGAAGGCGAUAAAGUGCUUCAAACUGUAUCAGGUGACCACAAGCAUGACAAUCCUGGUCCACCCUCUCCACCGAUUGGAUUUGUACCGUCGCGGUCAGGCCAAAGGCCAUCUGGCAGGCUAUCACCAGGCUCUUCCGAUCCUUGCGGAAGAGUACUACGACAUGAUACAGUAUCAGGAAUGCAGCCAGAGCCAGAUUAUGUCGGAGCCCAAGAUCCAUAUCACUACCCCCCUGGGCCUCAAUACAACCCGGUUGCAUCGUCCCCAGACAUCAAUUGGCCGCCUCAACCGCCUGGGAUACAGCCGCUACAAUCGAGAAUGGAAACACCCAUUCCGGACGUACCUACGUCAGAGUCUUGGCGUCAUUCUCCUUCGACGACGACCACCUCAAGCAUCUCAACAACUCCAGUAUCUGGUACGGAGAUAUGGACAGGUUCAGUGAUGACUCCCUUUCCGAACCUUCCCCAAUCAUACCCAUCGAGUUCCGACACUGGAGAUCAAAUCCAACAGGAAAAUAUGUUCGCCCGUCACUUGGCAAACUCGCCGUCUUACAAUUCUGGCUCACAGCCGCGGACCUACAAUCAUCUUAUCGUGCCUCCUAGAGCAGGUGGAGCGAGCUCCCCGCAAGGCUCUUACCACCAGCACCAGCGUGGUAGCUCGUUUUCGUCUGUUCGUAGUUCAACUCCGCCUCUGAACACGCCUUCUCACACACAAACUUUAGUGUUGCCUGCCACUGCUCUCCCAUCUCAGUUGGACACCCGGAUCCAGAAAGAGGCGUUAUUGGACUCCUCGUAUGGUAUGCAGGGUGCUCCAUUCCCUUUGGAGGACAUCGGCAUGUUUGACGCUAUGAGAGCUGGGCUUGAGGGUAGUGCCGAUCCCAGCUACAGCAGCGACGAUGUUGGUUAUGAAAACGGAAACUUGGUUACACUGGGUUUGCCGAUAAGUAAUGGGUGCGAGUUCACCGGGGCCACUCUUCCUAAAUCACUAAUGAAUCCUCUCUACGGCGCUAUUCCGCGGUAUCUUGCGGUAUACUGGGAGAAAGUUCACCCCCUGCUCCCAAUAGUCCAUCGAGCUUCCUUCGAAAACGCGCCUGAAGAGGUGCUGCGGUAUGCCAUGGCUGCGAUGGCGACCCAGUUUCUCGAUGACGAAGAAGAUCGUGUCAAGGGCAGCCGAUUGCAUGAUUUGGCUUGGAGGGAGGUAAAGAAAACACUACAGUGGAAUAUCCAAGUCAUGCAGGCAAUUUUUCUAUGCGAAUACUUCGCCCGGCUACGCGGACAAAAUGCCGUUAUACGACCCUCGAGGUUGUUUGAGGAUCUCUACAAGAGGGUUUUGUAUCAUCACCCAACUAUGAUCGACUAUUCUGCCUCCCCUUCAGAUCAACAAUUAUCGAUUCAGGCCUCCUGGAAGAACUGGGUUGAUGUAGAGGCACAUCGCCGUCUCCUGGCAGCAUGCUUUUUCCUCGAUGGACACGUCGCUAUCUAUCAGCAGCAGCCGCAACUAGGCCAGUCCUCAGUGGCCUCAAAACUGACACACCCACCUAUCCCUCUUAUGGGCUCGAGCUUGAGGCUUUGGGAGGCUACUUCAGCAGCUCCCUGGGCGAAGAUCCUUGCGGAAGACCCUUCGGCUGGCAUCCCAGUUUUUGCACCCUCGCCAGGAACCAUUACCCCCGAUUUCGUUUCAAGGCAGAUCAGCAUCGAUCGGAUGAUCAUUCUUGUAGCUGAAUAUCUGCGAAUCCCAUGCAGGCAGGGCUUGACCGCACCAUCUGCCUCGGCCCAAAAGUCCUCAGUGAGCGAAGUCGAUCCCCAGUUGCAUUACAUGAAUAGCCAGUUCAGUCCUCUUCAGCAGGGAUCACCUUGCUUUCAGCCCGACUUCUUGCAACCCCCAGAUUCAAGAACUCGCGGUUCAUUUGACAUUGAGGCACGUCUUGGAAGCCUUUUCCCCGGUUGUCCUAUCGCCAGUACCUACCUCGCAUUGCAUCAUACCCCGCUUCGUGAUCUGCUUGCUGUCAGCGGCGAAUCGUGGUUGUUCACCAAGAAAGUCUUGCCAGCCGCAGCAUUUGGCAUUCACCAAAGGUGCCUGAAAGCCUGGGCAGAGAAUUAUCACUAUCGUCAAGGCGGUGAUGCGAACGUACCUACUGAUAUGGCCAAUCUUAGUGUGGUCAAGGCAAUCAAGUAUGCCGCCCGCUCUAUUGUACAGUUCCUGAGUCCCGUUUCUCCUGGGGUCUCCCGGUAUGCGCCAGUCAAGGGUGCGGCAACAGAAGACCGAUCGUCAUUCUGGGGAAAGGACAUAUCCGAUUACUGGGCUCUGUACGUCUGUGCCUUGAUAUUCUGGGCUUUCGGCCACAGAGCCCGGUCGAUCCCUACCAUUAGCUCUACGAUCGCUGCUGCCACAGACGUUCAACAGCAGCAGCAGCAGCAGCAGCAUUCGGCCAAGCGUCAGCGAACGGGCGAUAUUAAGGCUAGUCUUACCUCGAGGCACGGAAGCUCGGCGGCAGCCGAUCAGCGCGCUAUGAGUUGGCUGCGCAUGCUGGGUGCGGACAACGUCACAGAGGAAGAUAUCAUCCGGGCACGGAGCCGUUCUGAGUCGAUGAGCGUUGUCUCCCUGGUGCGUCGUCGACUGGAAGUCGACUGUAUUGGGGGCAAGAACAUGCUUUAUGUGGAAGCUGUCGCGGUCCUCAGGAGGCUAGAGGAGGACGGGGAGAGAAACGAUAAGCCUUGGUUUUAAUCCUAAUGACUCGUAUUUUCUGUUUUAUACAGGAAAGGAUAGUCUCAGCAUUUACGCGUAUUCAAGAAGAUCAUGAUGAAAAAAAUGUCUGGGGUAAUUGGGGAGGGUUGGUGUGAUGUGGUGAGUUAGAGCUAACAAUGGGUCAUGUUCUUGGGAACGGUGGCAGGUGCUGAGUUUGGUCGUGCUUGUCUCUUUUCUUUAAGGCUUUGGUACAAUCCCUCAUUUCUGGACGGAAAAGGCAGGGAGGAGGGGAAAAGAUUCUUUCAUUUGCGACGGGCGGUAAAGCUGUUUGGCGUGGCGAUAUACUGUACGACUUUAUACGACUUUCACGGGGCACGACACGCGACCUUGUUAUACUUUUCUGGAUGACCUACCUACGCACUCCUUUUACAACGUCAUGCGCUUCCAUUUCUUUUCAACCUGUUUGAGUAUGGCGACUUUUUCUUCGUUUGCUCUUCACAGUCAUGCAAUUCUCCGUUUGCUGUUUCCAAUUAUUCAGUCUCUUCAUUCCGCUGGUCAUUAUUGCUAUGGCCGCACGCUCAGCGACAACUUGACGUCACAUUUGCAUCGUCAAUCACUUUCCCUUCUCUUCUUCGACAAAAAUAACAAAGCCAAAGGAUCUCAGCACAAUCAUCAUCACUUGUUUCGUGGACGGAUAAAUGACCGAAGAUGGAUGCUCCCAGACAAACACGUAACGUCUGUAAAAAUGUUGUCCGAGCUUUUCUAUAUCAUACCUAUUGUAUUGUUAUUAGUCCAAGAUAAGGAUAAUGUUCUCCCUUUGGUACAAUUUCUCGGAUCCACCUUCGC